CAUUCCCAUUCCUUUUAAUUCCCAAUUCCCAGUUAUUAGUUUGUUUGACAUGCUCUGUUUGGAAAAGUGAAGUUGGAAGUGAGAAGCAGCAAAAUGGUGUCCGACAACUCUUUCAGCCGCUCUCCCACUCCCAAGUUCUGCAACUCCUUCUCUAACCGUAUUUUUUCAGAUGUUGCUGGGGAUGUUACAGUAGUUGUUGAUGGAGAGUCUUUUCUACUACACAAGUUUCCCCUUGUAGCUCGAAGUGGGAAGGUCCGGAAAAUGGUGGCUGAUGCUAAGGAUUCAAAUAUUUCAAAGUUGGAACUUGUUAGCUUACCAGGUGGUGCCUGGGCAUUUGAGCUAGCUGCAAAAUUCUGUUAUGGCAUGAACUUUGAGAUCACUGCUUCAAAUGUAGCACAUCUUCGCUGUGCUGCAGAAUUCUUGGAAAUGACUGAAGACUAUCGUGAAGAAAAUCUCAUUGCACGAACAGAAACCUAUCUGAAUGAGGUGGUUGUUCAAAAUCUCGAAAAGUCAGUCCAAGUUCUCUGUGCUUGUGAGACACUGCUUCCUAUUGCAGAGGACUUGGGAAUUUUAAAUAGAUGUUCGAAUGCCAUUGCGGUGAAUGCUUGUAAGGAGCAGUUAGUAUCAGGCUUAUCCCGCCUAGAUUGUGACAGCGGAUCUGUAGAACUUAAGGGUGGAUGUCUUGAGUGGUGGGUGGAAGAUCUCUCGGGACUAAGAAUUGAUUUUUAUCAGAGAGUUGUCUCUGCUAUGGGAAGAACUGGUGUGCGAUCAGAUAGCAUUAUUGCGUCUUUAAUGCAUUAUGCCCAAGUAUCUUUAAAGGUUAUUGGAAAACAGCAAAUUUGGAACCCAGCAAGAACAAGUGUGAUGGAAAAUGGUCAGAAAGCUAUUGUGGAAACUCUUGUGAGUCUUCUGCCAACAGAGAAGGGUUCAUCUAUUCCGCUGAGUUUUCUGUUUGGGAUGUUGAGGAUGGCAAUCAUGUUGGAUGCUACCCUAGCUUGCAGGCUUGAGCUUGAAAGGAGGAUUUCGUUUAGGUUGGAAAUGGUUUUGCUGGAUGAUCUGCUUAUACCAUCCAUCCAGGUUGGUGACUCUUUGUUUGAUGUUGACACCGUACAUCGUAUAUUGGUGCAUUUCCUGCAGCGGAUUGAAGAAGAAGAAAAUGAUGAUUGUGAGUAUGAAUCGGAAGCCAUUGAUUCUCCAAGUCAUGGCUCUGUGUUAAUAGUUGGACGGCUUGUUGAUGCAUAUUUAGCUGAAAUUGCUCCUGAUCCGUAUCUGAGUCUACAAAAAUUCAUUGCUAUGGUUGAGGUACUGCCUGAUUAUGCUCGUGUGAUUGAUGAUGGGCUAUAUAGAGCGGUUGAUAUAUAUUUGAAGGCCCACCCAAUGGUAACAGAGCAUGAAAGUAAGAGGCUCUGUAAGUACAUAGACUGCCAAAAGCUCUCUCAAGAAGCCUGCAAUCAUGCUGCACAGAAUGACAGGCUCCCAGUCCAGAUGACAGUGCGAGUUCUCUAUUUUGAGCAAAUCCGUCUGAAGAAUGCAUUGUCUGGAAGUUCUGGAGAUGGAUUCCUCUCCCAAAAAAUCAGCAGUGGCGUCCCCAGUGCAGCUAUGUCCCCUCGGGAUAAUUAUGCUUCUUUGAGGAGGGAGAACCGGGAGCUGAAGCUCGAGAUCUCAAGGAUGCGAGUGAGGCUCAGUGAACUGGAAAAAGAACAGGGGUUCAUGAAACAAGGGAUGAUGGAGAAGUCAGGGAAUGGGAAGACAUUUUUAACUUCACUCUCUAAGGAGAUCGCGAAAGAGAUUGGAAUCUUUAAUGUUCCAGGGGGUGGAAAGCACCACAAAUCUGGGAGGAAAUCCAGGGUGUUGGAAGGCAAAACUGGGAGGAGUCGGAGGUAUUCUGUUUCUUAGCUUAAUUUUGAGUUAUAAUCCUAUCUUAUAGAUGAGUGGAUGUUCACGAAGUUUUGUAGAUGUUAAGAUGGCAGAUCAUAGGCUCGAUUUCAUAAUAGGGUGUCCAUGGAGGAAUUGUGGCCGACUCUUUAUGUUGUAGUUGUUGAAACGAGCUAGUUUAUGCAAAACCGUACAUGAUCUGGGCCCAAAACCUUCAAAAAUUUAAAUGAGAUGAGUUGGAUGUCUACCAAGAACCUUCACUUGAGUUAAUUUACCCCAUUAGAGUUCAGCCUAGUUCACUCUCUCAGCAACAGAGCACAAAAUAGUCAAUGUUUCAACUUGCACUUCAUUGGUUUCUUCUUCUUCUAUGUGAUCCGUCUUGUAUUUUUAUUAUUUUGCCCUUUGGCUCACGAAAUAGUGUCUACUUUGUAGUUUGGUAAAAAUUAUAUGGCUGAGUCAUCCCAUGUUGAGAUCAGUAGAUAUCUUGGAAUUUGGAGUGUAAUUGGUUCAGUUCAGUGAGAAAAUUUAGCACUGAAAUCAAAUUCUUUGGUUUUGUUGGUUGAUGAGCUGAAACUGACCACAUGCUACAAUUCAAUUUUGUAGUUUUGUCA